AUGAAUAACAACAACUUACUGGUUGUGGUUCGUAACCUGGCUGCUCUGCUGGUGGUGGCUCGAAUUUGUGCUCCUGGUGCUCCAACCAUUCCAAUUUGUCCAGGUUCUCCUGGCAUUCCCAAUUGUCCAGCUGGUCCAACUGGUCCACUUUCUCCAUCAUUUCCUCGUUGUCCAUCUCUUCCUGGAUAUCCAGCUGGCCCCUUUUGUCCUGGUGGUCCAGAAUCUCCUUUUGGUCCGAGUGGUCCUUUUUGUCCACGUACUCCAUCACGUCCAUUUGGUCCAACUUCUCCAAGUUUUCCUGGUUUUCCUGGUUCUCCUGGAAUUCCUUGUUGUCCUGGAUACCCUUCACGUCCAUGUUCUCCAAUUCUUCCUGGAUUUCCUGGUGGUCCUUCUGGUCCAGAUGGUCCAGUUUCUCCUGGUGGUCCAGUUGGUCCACGUGGUCCAUUCGGGCACACUCUGCAUCCUUUUGUUGGGUCAAUUGUCACUGGUGGAGCAAUUCCAGCGAGUCCAGGUGCUCCUGGUUCUCCAGAUUUACCUGGUUCACCGUCAAGUCCCUGA